UUCGCUCUUGGAGAGUGAUACUGUCGUGAGCCCUAUAUAACCGAGAAAUUUGACAAAUUGAAGGAAUAAGAGCUUCUACAAAAUGGAAGAAGGUGAGAAAGAAGGAAGAUCAGCAAAGAGAGGGGAGGUGAUGGAAGGAGUGGCAUCAAUAGCUUUGCUACCUAGUGGGUCCAUCUCAGGCCACUUCAUUCAGCUUCCUCAUUCUGUCUGUUAUGGACUCCAUGGCGCCGAGUUAGCGUGUGAAAGAGAAUGCAGCAGGGGUGAGGACUAUCGCUUGAUUAAGCUCACUAUCACAGACUACAGUACUAAGAGAGAACGAGAUGUGGUGGUGGAGUGUAGAGGGCAUGAUGCUGCUCGCUUACAUAACAUUGACCAUGCUCAUGGAUGGGAGAAUGAUAUUGUGGGUAUGCUUGAACAGAAGCAUGGGAAGAGCAAGAUUGUAGUUUCUUUUGAGUGUGAAACACUGAAAGCUGAGAAAGCAGCAGAAGACCAUAUUAGGCAGUUUAUGCCCAAAUUAGCUGGGACGAAUGCUGUUGUUAACAUUGGCCGGAUGAGCAUUGCAGGCUUGGACUUUAAUACUGACAUUGACAUUGAGCACGUUGAGCAGAAUGUAUGACCCAAUGACUGGCCUUGACUCUUGUCUACAUCGAGUUAAAACUGGUAGAUGUUGUUGAUGCCUACAGUUCAAUUUUCAUCACUUUGUUGUAAUUAUCACUUGCAUUUUCUUCUCGAACAGAGGAGUAAUCAGUUUCUCUCACUUAUAGUUUUCACUACAAUUAUGCUCAUAAACUUCAAUGAAUGUAUGUUAAAGCAUUGGUAUUAUUUCUCACUUUGCAGCAUACAUCUUAAUGUUGGAUUUCAAGCGAGUUUUUGCCAAAUCUCAUUACUGUUUAUAAAUUCCAAAGC